AUGGGACAAAGACUAGCUCCCACACUAGCCAUUGCAUUCAUAUCCAAAAUAGAACAACCCAUUCUGGAACGGAAACCUUUCCUGUAUUGCCGUCAUAUUGAUGACUGUUGCAUUAUAUGCCCCACUCAAGACGAGAUGGACACUUGUUUCGAGCUUCUAAACCAACAGUCCCCUUACACACGGACAGCCGUAAGGGUGACAUCAGAUGUCCAGGAGCGGAUCGAUGCGAUCAACCUAGCGCAACGCAUCGCGAAUUCUAACGGUUACAUUGGUAAUAUAGCACGUAGGCCAGAUCUUGGUGCGCAGCGAGAAUAUGCCACACUGGUUGAGUCGAAUAAGAUCAAUUUCUGCCUGCCCUUCAUAACCGACGACCUGAGUAAAGCUAUACGGGCUAGUCUGGUGAAAUGCGGUCUCGAGGACCAAAACAAAUUACGACCCGAAUCGGACGCAGGUGAGAAGAUGUGGCCCACACCAGCUUUGACAAUCUUCGUCGCUUACGCUCCAAGCUGCGAAGAAGAUGAAGUUAAAGCUUUCUAUAUGGACCUGGAGAAGUUCUACCGAGAAGAUCAUGCCUUCUACAACGUCGUAAUUGGCGAUUUCAACGGCAAAGUUGGCCCAAGAAGAACGGCUGAGGAACUUCACAUCGGGACCAACGGCCUACAAUGGAGUGAACAGGGGGAGAGGCACUCCGAGUUCAUCAUCCUCUCUACGCUGGACGCAGGAGUCCGAGAGGCGAUAAAGGAAGACCUUAAAGAGAGAAGAGCAGAAGUACUGGCUGAAGCUGAGCAGAGGCGGGAAACAGCAUCCGCUAUGCCCGUCGAGACUUCGCCAAUCGCAAGACGAGGAUGA